AUGUUCUCACCAUGGCAACUUGGACAAGAUGAUGCCGAUGUGCUUUAUUUAAAGAGUCUGUCUCCUAAUCAGCCUUUUGAUCUAACUGAAUCUAUUACAACUCACAGCGAGCCUACGUCAACUGAAUCAAUCACCACAACUAAUAGCCUAAGUAUGGAUUUAGAUGAUAAAGAAGAAGAAGAAGAAGAAUGUGACGAAUGGAGCAGUGAGAAGCCAGUGCCUGUAUACUACAAGUCGCUGUCCUGGGACAAUUUUAAUUCUUCUUCUUUUCGACAUCAACCUAUGAAAACACCAUUUCUAACAGAAGCACCACUUGAUUGCUUCGAAUCCAUAUUAGAUGCUACAGGCUAUAUCACUGUGAAAGAAAGGCCAUUGGUCAUAAGCCUAAUACAAGCUAUUCUUGGCUUACCUUCGAUCUACUUCACUUGGGAUUCCAAGCUAAAGUGUUUCAAGUCUGUUCGAUCACUUCGUAUAUCAGGCGUGACAGCAUCCAGCAUUCAACCAAUUAUAGAUAGUAUUUUGACCUUUGGGAGUCAUAUGAAAGCGAUAGAAUUCGUUGCGAAACAGUGUCAACUAAACCCAAGGCAAUAUGGAUCAACUGGAGUGGCAUUUGCUUGUUGCUUAUUAGAAUUACUCUUUAAUAUUCAAAGCUCACUUAUUCAACUGUUUGAUACAUUGAAGGAUGAUUUAUCAAUACUAAAAGUGCAUCAAUAUGUAGCUAGUUUAUCCGCGGUAUGUGAGAGAUUGUACAAGCUUUGCAAGAUAAACGUGGCUGGGGGAUCCGUCACAAACACUCGGCCAUAUGAUUUCCAUAUACCCUUUGGAGCCGAACUGCUAAAUCUUUUAUACACUGAAAUCCAACUAUUUGAUCUUGCUCAUACAGGCACUUCUGCCUUUUACAGGAAUGUUUGCUUGAUGAUGCUUUGUUAUACCAACCUACCUUACUUGAAUAUAUUAAGCAAAUGGCUUGGUCUUGAGAGCAGUGGAAAUGUCGCUCUUGAGGAUCCAUACCAAGAGUUCUUUAUCUGCAAGGCGCCUGAACCAUGCGAACCAUUUGAAGAAUAUCAAAUCAGGCCAAAUACCAUCUUUCCUUACUUUAUUAAUGUUGAUUUAGCUAUUCAUAUUCUUAGGUCAGGUAUUACCUUGCAGCUUCUACGACAGGCUAUGCCCAAUCAUCCUUUAUGUUUUAUGGAUAGAAGGUUACCGUUAAAGUGCAGACUACGAAUAAGCGAUACAAGCAGUUAUUUACAGCAAAUACAGCACGUCUGUCAGCGUAUUCGAGAAUAUAACUCUGGUAAAAAUCAAGAUUGUAUAAUAGAUCAAAAAGAAAGCGUACAAGAUACAGUGCAUAUUGAAGAUACAACCAAUCCCUUCCAUUUACCACCAUGGAGUGAGGAUCGUUUUGAAGGAGAGUUUUUAAGAAACUUGAAGCAGUUUCUAGAGUUGGCCAACGCCAAUAGUAGCGACAUUAUCCCCACCUCCAAUACGUUUGUAGUCUUAAAUUACAUAGAGCCCAUACAGGCAUGGUGCCCUAUACUAAAUGAAUCAUACAUGUCUACCUUUUUACAUGAAUUCAAACUGCAGUACCAUCUUUCGUUGCUACAUGAUACUUUCUUACUUGGUAAUAGCGCCUUUGUCUCUUCUCUCGAGUCUAUGGUUUUUGAAAGUACAAGAAAGAUUGGAUUGAAAUCAACAGAAAGAUGGUCAUCACAACUCUUUGAUAUCAAUCUAUCUCUGCGGUCUAUUUUGUUAGAGACAGUAAAGGAAGAUGAAUUAUUUGCAUUUAGUGUAGAGAAAGCCAAAGUGCUUGUGGAUCCUAACGUCUUCAACGCAUUUGAUUUUUUAAAGUUGCAUUAUGAUGCAAGAUAUCCACUAAACAUGGUCAUCACGUCGAAUGUUCAACUAAAGUACAACCGUAUAUUCAUCUUUCUCUUACAACUAUUUCGAGUAGCAGUUACAGUCAAGCGGAUAUACAGUGUCUUGAGAACAAAUGAACUCAGAUUGAAUGGGGAUACAUUAAACAGGCUUUAUCAAUUUCGCUUUCAGUUUGAUCAGUUCUUAUGUUCGCUGCAAGGAUACGUUCAUGAUACAGUUAUUAAUGAAACAUGGCAUAUUUUUAUGGAUCAAAUACAAGAAUUAAAUAGGAAAACAGAAUCUAGUUCAUCAGAAUAUGUCUCAGUUAUUAUGCAACCUCACAUGUUUAAGAGCUAUCAUGAGCAUAUCUUGGAUCGAAUACUCUAUCAAUGCUUUUUAAAACAAAGUCAGCAACGUAUCUUUCAGACUCUUCAACCUAUACUUGAAGACAUGUUGAUAUUUGCCAAUGCUAUUGAUAGUCAUUGUUAUUCAAGGAGCCAACAGGAAGAUAAAUUGCUUACCAGGUGUCAUCAUAUAUUUAAUGACUUUCAGAGACAUGUCAGAUUGUUUGUCCGUGUAUUGAAGGUUUUGGAAGAAAAAGGAACAGGAAGACUAGGGAAUAUUCUUAACAGUACCAAUAACGAGUUCCGUGACUUAUAUGGAAAACACGAAGCAAAGAAAGGGCUGGAUGUUUUUGUCAAGGAUUUACUGACAAGGAUCGAUCUAAACAUGUACUAUGAAAAGCCAAAAUAA